AUGAAUGACCCGUUGGUACAAUACGAGUUCCAUAAGAUUGAAAUCGCACUUGGGAUAGAGCAAUUAAGCGGUGAAGUUUCAUUCAUGGACUUUACCAAAACCAAGGCUAACCGCCAUCGUCUACUUAUCUUGGUUUUUGUUGAUGUUGGAACUAACUGGGUUGGCAACGGAAUCAUCAACUAUUACCUCACACCGACUCUCAACCAAGUCGGGAUCUACUCAUCGGCCAAAAUUGAUUGUAUCAAUGCCGGCGUGCAAAUGUGGAACCUGAUCAUAUCUACGGGUGCCGCCCUUUUAAUAGAAAGAUUAGGACGACGAUUCCUUUGGCUAUUCUCCGAUUGGAUGUUCUUCUCAUAUAUUUUUGCCAUGGCCUUAUCUGGCAAACACGCCACCAGUGGAGAGAGCUCAUAUGGGCUUGCAGUGAUUCCAUUCUUAUUCCUUUUCUUCGGGGUAUACGAUGUUGCUUGGACACCCCUUCAAUUUGUGUACCCCGUCGAAAUACUUCCCUUUUCAAUGAGAAUGAAAGGCAUGGUACUGUUCGUCAUGAUUCAGAAUAUCGCAGUCACGGUAAACACAUUUGUCAACCCUAUCGCCAUGGAUGCAAUUGGAUGGAAAUAUUAUGGAGUAUACAUCGCAAUCCUUGCCCUUUACAUCGUGGUCACGUAUUUAUAUUUUCCAGAGACAAGACGGAUGACUAUUGAGGAUAUAUCAGACAUCUUCGAAGGCACAAAUCAAUUGAAGCAGACAUCCAAGCAUAGUGAUGUGGAAACGGGUAAAAAGACCCAUAUCCAGUUCCCAUCUUCAUCUGAUGUUGAACAUGCCUGA